ACCUGGUUUCUGGCACGCGGACAGUUAAAAGGUGUCAACAGACCUCGGAGGUCGGUUUGGCUGCCAGACGUCUAGAUGGUUGUUUAGCGGCCUGCCGGCAGGUUUCUGAAGGCUAGUGUGGCAUCAAAAUACGAAUUUUUCUUCUAUAAGUACUUGUACCAGUGGAACACUGUUCUACAACAUUCAUUGAGGAGAAGGUUUGCCUCUUAGAUGACUAAACAGUUUCACAAAUAAACCUUCCAGCAAGUCUAACCUGUCGCGCAGCAAUGAUGUCUGCCUCCAAAGAAAUGGCUGCGAAAGAACCUCACCUACCUGAAAUUCGUGCAAUUGAAGAAUCAAAAGCGAUUGUGGAUAUCAUGAACCAUUGCCAGGUUAUCUCUAAAGCUGUUCAAAGGCUGGAAAAGAAGCUUGAUGACAUGGAUCACAAAGUAACAAACAUUUAUUACUCUCGUGCCAGAUCCUUUUGGCGUUACCCUCCUUUAAGAUCAGUAUCUAGAAGAUACGAUUACCUGAAAUCUAAAAGAAUUAAACUCCAGGAAGAGAGCCAAAUCGUUCAUGACAAUACCUUCUCCUAUCCUCAAAGUUAUAGUCCAACUUCACCAGUCCGCACAAGGGAUGACUAUAACCCUGAUGUGGAGAACGAGGAGACUGUAGAUUACACCCAGACUUGCCACCACUCCAAUUCUAUUGACAACACCCAGAUGUACCAAUACCUUGAUUCUAUUGGCAAUGCCCAGGCGUUCCAGUAUGCUGAGUCUAUGGACAACACUGGAAGUAUCCAGAACACUGAGAACGAUGCUGUUUUCCAGUCUGACGAUUCCCAGGGAGUGAUAUGUAUCAGUUCUUCACCAGAGAGUGACUAUCAAGAAACUCCACUGAGUCCUAAAUAUACUGCCCAAAGCUCCGAAGAGGAUUGCGGAUUUAAAACAAUUCCUGGUUCUUCUACAAUGAUCCACUACAGUGACUUUGAAAAUCCCAACUUGAACACCAUCACUUCUUCCACUCCAGUAAUGAUGAAAGAAAGCACCCACCCUCAAGGGGAGCUCAUCCCCAUCCAGAAUCCUGAAAUGAAGCGAUUGGCCUUACUGGAGGCCCAGAGUACACCUGUGAUUGAUCCUAAUACUUUUGGUUUGUCAUCCAAAUGUACCAAUGCUGCUAUGAAAGACCUUGGACAGCCUUUAAACUGGUCUGUGAAUGACGUGAUAACAUUUCUGAACCGUUUAGAUCCUCCAUUGGCAGACCAACUCUACUCCACCAUCAGAGAACAUGACAUUGAUGGGAAAGCCUUGCUGCUGCUCAGUACUGAUGUAAUGAUAAAGUUUAUGAGGAUAAAGGUGGGCGUAGCCUUGAAGCUCGGCAGCUACAUUCAAAAGCUUAAAGAAAGAGAAAACUGUAGCCCGCAAAAAAAUUUGUAGAACUUUAAAUGUUCUCAUAAAGUCCUUCUUAAUGCACAGCUAA